CACAGAGGGCGGGGACUUCACACGCCGCCACGGCCGGUCGGGCUUCGGGAGCCCCGCAGGAGUCACACCCCCUAGCCGGAGUUAAAAGACCGGCGCCCUUCCCUGCACUAGGAGUUGUGGCAGGGACCCCUCCAACCCUGGCGCUUCUGGAGUGCUUGUCGCGGGGUUCGGGUCCGAGGCACGGAUGGUAACGGUCAGGCAGGGGAGGAUGGGAAAGGGGGACCCCGAGAGCCCCGUUACAGACUAGGAAACCGCGCCCCCAGAGAGUGAGGCCCUAGCAGCAGAGGCUGGAUUUGAACCUAGUAUUCUUUACUCCAGAUCCAGACCAGUCAGUGACCCUCCCUUGAUGAGAAGCCUCCUCGGAGCCUCCAGGGAAAACUACCUACUUCCCCGUCCCCCGUGUGAGGCAGUGACUGCUGAUAAAGCAGCUGAGGCGCGUAUCUAAAUGCCCUGCAAUACGGAAUAUAAGGGAACAGAAGGGACGGGAAGUAGAAAGUCGGAGAGACAAAGAGAACUCUAGUGGUUUGUAGAGGUGGGCGCUGGGAAAGGGGAAUGGCAGCAAACCGCCUGAAGAGCCUAAGCCACAUUGCCUCUCCUCUUGUCAUUCUGAUCAGAACCCUUCUCUCUCGGAGAUCCCCAGGCUCUGCUUCCUCCAGCCCUCCCACUGAUGUCUAAUUCCCAAGAACAAAAAAACAUGGUACCUGAUCAAAAGGAUUACUUAGCGUUUUCGUGGUUCAUGGGUGGGUUGAACCGAUUCUCUCUCCAGAGAUUAUACCACCACUUGUCAGCCCCAAUUCAAACACCAUCAAAACAGGUGGGGGGCAUUGCGCACACCAUUUCAUGCCUCGAAUUCAAGCAACAAAAAGACCGGAGAAAUUCAUCCCGGGUAGGUAAAAAGAGAAUUGGGCUUUGGGAGACGGGGAAAAACCUUUUGACCUCGAUUCAAGUCAAAUGCUGAAACAUCUUUAUUCAGAGAGACCCACCUAGUGGUUCUACCACCUCCAGACAUUGGGUAUUUGCUCAGAGAACUUGAGACCUCUCUAUAAAACUCAAAUCACCCACAGAACUUCCUCUCCUCCUAUUCCUGGAGAUAAAUAGAUGGUUGGAGUACAACUCUACAUUAGACUACCAUUGGAGAUGGGGAUGAAAAUCACCACCCAAUUCCAAUUUGCCAAUGAACAUUCACCCUUUUCCAGUGCUGCAGGCUUCAGCUCUCCAUAUGUACUGCUCCAGAAGGCUUGCUAAACAAAUGAUAGCUAUUACAAAGUCAGCCAAGGAUUGGAGAUAGAAUCAUCCUGAUCUCUCUUCUGUACAUAUGGAGGAAGCAAGACUGCCUUCUGAGAUGAGUGAGGCUUCUUCACUUGCAGAUAUCUUAAUAUCCCACUGUGGGAUUAUUUCUGCAUAGGAUUAUUUCCUUUCUAGCAACUUUCUCCUCAAGCAUAAGAUUAGAGAAGACCUAGUGAUUGGUUAUCUUCAUUCAAAUGAUUCUUAGGCAACUACCCACUUUCUGGAAUUGGGAAUGUGACCAACAUAAGAACUUAGGGCUCUAGGCCCAGCAGGGAUAACUAUUUUAGUAGAGAAUUUAGAAUUUUACCUGAUGAUUUAUACAGUAAUGUGUAUGUGUGAUUUUCCAGCAGAGGACGAAAUAGAAGAGGCCUACUGCUCUUAGAAAAAGUUAUGGUUAAGGGUAAGAAGGGACCUAAGACAUCAUGUCAUCUAACCCACUCAUGUUAUAGGUGAAGAAAUUGCAACCUUGAGAGAGACGAUUAAAUAGCCCAGCUACUCCAUUCUGCUGAGUCUUAAAUCUACUGUUCCAUUGCAUCUCCUUGAGCUGCCUUGCUGAGGAAGACUGUCCUAUCUCUUUCCAGCAUACCUCUGCAACUGCCUUUAUUCCCUCCCAAAUCCCUUUGAGAUGACUGACAAUGACCAUCCGGGUCAUUAUAGAUUAUCAUGAACUUGACAGAAGAGAUAAAGAAGUAUCAGUGGAGGUACCUCACCUGGAGCUUGCCAAGGGCCUUGCAGGUUCCCAAGCCAUGCUUCCUCCUUGAGCUAUGUGGCCAGUAAGUGGGUGGAGAACAGAUUGUGAUGUGUGCGGAACAUGGGAACUGAGGGAAUUCCGUAACCAGGAGGAGGAAGAAGGAACAACAGCUACUGGAGACAAAAAGAGCAGUCCAUCCCUCCUCCUUCCUCUCCCCCUCCAAGUUCCUAUUAGACAACAAAGCCCUGUGCCCCAUCCGGGGUAUAUAUACAGGCAAGCAUUUGGGGGCCAGCUUCAUUUCGGCGCCGCAGCCCCCAGCGGCCAAGGGCGUCAGCCUCCCUGGACGAGAAAGUCAGGCUAGGUGAACAUUCCCCUCAGCCCGCCAAUGUUACUGUUACUAAGGGGCGAGGGGAUGUCACCCAGGCAGCAAAGCAACCAACAACAGCCCACCGCUCUGUCAUGGAAGAGUAUGGCUAUGAAGUAGGCAAGGUGAUUGGUAAUGGCUCUUACGGCACAGUCUAUGAGGCCUACUACACUAAGCAAAAAGUCCAUGUUGCUGUCAAGAUCAUCUCCAAAAAGAAAGCCUCUGAGGACUAUCUUAACAAGUUCCUGCCCCGUGAGAUCCAGGUAAUGAAAGUUUCGCGGCACAAGUACCUAAUCAACUUCUACCAGGCCAUUGAGACCACAUCUCGUGUGUAUAUGAUCCUAGAGCUGGCUCAGGGGGGCGAUGUUCUUGAGUGGAUCCAGCGCUAUGGGGCUUGCUCUGAGUCCCUUGCCGGCAAGUGGUUCUCCCAGCUCACCCUAGGCAUCGCUUACCUGCAUAGCAAGGGCAUCGUGCACCGCCCCUGCCUGACCCCCAGGCCUUCUGCUGCUGGUAGGGACCUAAAGCUGGAGAACCUGUUGCUGGAUAAGCGGGAAAAUGUGAAGAUCUCUGACUUCGGCUUUGCCAAGAUGGUGCCAACUACCGUCCAGAUCCAGCAGAAAUCUUCCCAACACCUCAUGGGCUGCUUUUCCCACCUCAGCCAGACCUACUGUGGUAGUUUUGCCUAUGCCUGCCCAGAGAUCUUGCUGGGUUUGCCCUACAACCCUUUCCUCUCUGACAUCUGGAGCAUGGGUGUCAUUCUCUACACUCUGGUUGCUGCCCAUCUACCUUUCGAUGAUACCAACCUAAAAAAGCUGCUUCGAGAGACCCAGAAGGAGGUCAACUUCCCAGCUAACCACCCCGUCUCUCAGGAGUGCAAGAACCUGAUUCACAUGAUGCUGCGCCAGGCUGCCAAGCGUGCUACCAUCCUGGACAUCCUCAAGGACCCCUGGGUGCUCAAGUUCCAGCCAGAGCGGCCCAACCAUGAAAUUCAGAUCCUAGAGGUCCUGUGUGUACCACAAAGCUCCAGCACUACCACCUCACGCCCUGCCGAGGUUGCAAGUUGAGUAGGACUGGGGAAGGAGUCAAGGAGAGGGAAUUAAUGUGGGCAUGGGGAGCAGGACUCCUCCAUCCUUCUUUUUUUUAUACAAGAAAUCAUAAUUCCCAUUUAGUUUUAUCAGCAGGGGGAAAAGAAAUGAUUUCCCCAGGGAAAGCUUGGAAAGAGUCACUUCUAGACUGUUAUAGAGGUUGGCCUCCAUCUGUAGUCUGCAAAGGUAUUUUAAACUUAAA